AUGGAUUUAAUUGGAGUGAAUGAUUUGAAUAAUUUUGAUAAUGUUGAUGAUAUUGAUGCAUUAGAAGAAGAGGGUCACAAUGUAGUGCCACUGCGUGUCCGAAGAUAUAUCCGCGAUGCGCAAGAUCUAUUCGAAUUUUACGAUGAAACAGAAUUUCAACGGCGAUAUCGUUUCACCAAGGAAUCAGUGAUGUACGGGAUAUUACCGAAAAUCGAGGAAGGAAUCGCACGGAUCAACAAUCGAGGAUUACCCAUUGCUCCAGUUUUACAACUAUUGAUUUGUCUGCGCUACUAUGCAACAGCAAGCUUUCAACUCCUUCUUGGUGACACCCAUCUUAUCUCACAGCCUACAAUAUCAAGGACAGUUUACCGGGUGUCGCUACUUAUCGCCAGUUUGAUUACGGAAUAUAUCAAAUUUCCUGCGAGUCGAGCAGGGCAAAUGGAAAAUUAUCGUCUUUUUCACGAUCUGGGAAGAGGAAAUGGAGGUAUCGGUCUACCAUGCGUGGAUGGAGCAAUUGAUUGUACUCACAUUAGAUUGACUUCUACAAGAUUUCAGAACAUCGACGAAAUUCACAGGAACCGGAAAGGAUAUUUUUCACUCAACGUACAGGCUAUUGUCGGUCCUCGUAUAGAAUUUUUGGACCUCGUUCCAGAAUGGCCUGGAAGUAACCACGAUAGCAGAAUCUUCCAAAAUUCCUUGAUUCGCAUGAGUUACAUGAGGAGAGAAUUGAAAGGCAUACUUGUUGGUGAUGGCGGUUAUGCUUGUCUUCCUUUUCUCAUGACUCUAUUUGGAAAUCCACAAACUAAUGAGGAAUUAGCGUAUAAUUUCAUACAAAUUCGGUCUAGAAAUAUUGUAGAACGGACCUUUGGCGUAUGGAAAAGACGGUUUCCUUGUUUAUCACGAGGUUUAACGACGAAGCUUGUGACAUCAACGACAAUCGUGGUAGCUUGUGCUGUAUUGCACAAUAUGUCGUUAAUUUUUCGAGAUGUUUUACCUGAGGAAGAUGAUCUAGAGGCCGAGGAAGAAGAUCUCGAUCCAAAUGUACCUGGACUCGAAAAUAUUGAUGGCGCAGCUGCUCGGGAAGCGUUGAUAGCUCAUUUAUUCCCUUGA